UUUGUUUUUUAUUUCUCUAGGACUGGUAAAAUCAUUUAGGUUUUCAUGAAAGUCAUUCUUGGUUGAGGUUAAUGAUAGUUCUUAUUAAAAAUUGUAAAGAAGUAAUUUAAAGUGUCAUUCAAGUAGUAACUUGUGGAAUAAUGGAGACCGAACAAAUUCUUAAGUACGAUAUUAAACAGUGUUUAAAUUUAAUAGUUGUUGGUGAUGAUGUAGAGGUUAACGAAGGAUGGAUUAGACUUAAAAAAUUAGAAAGCGAAUCUGUAUAUGAACAGUUAAGUAAUUACGAAAGUAUUUUACGAGAAGUACUCAAUAGUGAAAUAAAAAAUGUACAUGAAGUACCAAAAAUCAUGGUCUGGUUUGCAAAAUAUUUGCCAGAGGAACCACUGAUUGUUCAUCUAAUUUCAAAUGACAUUGCAACAAUGUUGAGAAAUACAGAGAUCAGUGACAUGUCUCAUUUAACUAUGAUACUUCAAGUAUUAUUGGAUCAUAGUAUCUAUCUGCCAGAUUCUAUAAAUCAUUCAAAGCUAUGCGAAGCAAUUAUAAUCAGUUUGUCUAAUUUUUCAAUGCCUUAUGAGCCAAAAAAGAUUUUGGAGUUCAAUGAUAAUGCUACUAAAGUGCAAUACUUUUUAAAAAUGGUACAAACAAGGUCCAAAAAUAUAGAAAACAAUAAUUUAAUUUUUACAUGCUUGCAAACAUUAUAUAGAAUUAUAUCAGAUACCAAAAGGAAACAAGAUCCUGGACCUGGUCUGGCAGCUGUAUUACAAGUAGUAGAACCAUCAAUUAUACCUCAAGCUGUUUUAUGGAUCCUAUCUGAAUCGCAUUGUGAUUCUCAGUUAGCUCAAGCUCUAAAGGUUCUCUGUAGUUGGCUUCCAAAGUGGAGAGGCGAUCGACUUAGCAUUUGGAUUAUGGAAUUUAUACUUGGCUUAGAAAAGCAGCAUAAGUAUUCUAUACUUAUGGAGGUGACCAAAGCGUCGCUCGAUGUAAUGUUUUGCGCUUUAUCGGUACCAGUAAUUCGUCAGAAUGCUUCUACAAUUAUAUUUUAUGUUUUAAAAAGACAAGGGCAUCCGUCGUUGUUUAGAAAUAUAGUACGUAAUACACAAAUGAUAUUGUCUUAUUUAACGAAAGAAGACUCAGAAUCGAGCAAAGAAUGCAUACAAAAUUUGGUCGAUAUUAUGAAAACGCUUAUGUUAAGAUUUCCAGGCCUAAGUGUCUUCAACAAUUUAGAGAACAGUUUACCGGUCCCACCACGAAUGCAUAUUGUUAAGGAAUUAUGGACCGAGCAUGUGUGGGUAGACGAAAUAGAAGAGGUUGAACCAGUAAUUGAACCAUUAAAACCACACGUGGAAAAAGUCGGGCUUUCAAACCUUGGAAAUACAUGUUAUAUGAAUAGUGUAUUACAAGCACUGUUAAUGACCAAGCGAUUCUGUUACGAAGUAUUAAUGUACAAACCUAUGAGCAAAGCCGACGAACAAGUUGUACUUAAAAAGUUACAGAAUUUGUUUACACUGUUGUUAUAUUCCAAAAGGAUUACCUUGGCGCCAACUGAAAUUUUAUUAGCUUCCCGUCCUGCAUAUUUUCUACCGGGUCAACAGCAAGAUAGUUCAGAAUUUCUCUGUCACCUUUUAGACCUUUUACACGAGCAAGAAAAAUCCGCUCCUAUAAACUGUGAGGGUAAUAAUUCUAAUCUCAAGUAUAAAGAUGAUAAAGAAAUAAACGACAUAUCAUCGGUAAAUGAGGAGGGAGUUAGUAUUAAGCGAUGGACAACUGAAGAAGACUUAACUGGUAGUAUAGCUUUGGAACGGAAAACUCAGUCAUUAGCUGAUUUUACACAUGGAGAAGAUCUAGCCCAAGUACAACAGCUUAGUGAUUCACACUCAGACUCCACAGAUAGUGGUAUACAAUCUGUGGGCGGAGAAGAUACGAGUACACAGGUACCUCUUGUACAUAGAGUUCUCGGAGGAAAAUGUAAAAUAACUUAUCAGUGUGCUCAGUGUGAUACUAGUUCCCAUAAUACGGACAAAUUUCGUGACUUACAAUUGUGCUUCCCAGAAGAAAUACAAGAGAAUCAAGAGGUUUCCGUACAAGAUCUCAUUAAUUACUAUUUAACACCAGAAAAAUUGACCGGUGAAAAUAAAUACCGUUGCGACAAAUGUAUGAAAUUGUGCGAUGCACAGAGAAUCAUUAAAAUCUUGCACGCACCGACAUACUUGAUUUUAAUACUGAAACAUUUCCGUUAUGAUUUUGAUACUAGACCAAGAACGAAAUUACGGCAUAAAGUAAUGUAUAACGAACACAUACAGUUACCUGUGUCAACGCCGUUAUGCACAACCACGGAAACGUAUCAAUUAUAUGCUGCCGUUGUUCAUUCGGGUUACAGUAUGGACUAUGGUCAUUACUUUACGUAUGCUCGUGAUUCGAAACAAAAUUGGUAUAAAUUCAAUGAUAGUUACGUAUCGCAAACAACGUUCAAUGACUUCAAAGAGUUAAAACCACCGGACACACCUUAUAUAUUGUUCUACGAGAAAACUGUACCAUUUGAAGGAGUUUACGACGAAGACAAACCUGAAUUGUCAACGCUAAGUAAACAUUUACAAGAACUUGUGGAAAAUGAUACUACAGCUUACAUAGAAGAAUUAAGGCAUCAAGCAGAAAAAUCACAACGAGGCCGACAUAAUUCGAUAUUACUACGAAAGAAUGAAAAUUCAGACGAUGAAAAUCCUCCCCCCAGUAGCUGUCGAGGUGCGGUUAAUAUGCCUGCGAGUCGUUUCCUCUAUUAAAUUAGUUUUUCUAUUUAAAUGGUAUAUUCUUUUAUGAAACCGAACGCUUCAGGUAAAUUUCUAAUACAUUUUCCUUACUUCAAGAAGGGAAAUAAAGUUCCUUUAUAAGUACAGUGCUAUUGCC